AUGUCGAAGCGCUUGCUGCUCGUCGCGUUGGGCGUCUGCGCCGGCAGCGCCUACAGCCUGCCGGCGCUGCGCCCCAAGGGCCUCCGGACGCGCCACACGCUCCACGCACCGACGACGCACGCGCUCGUCGCCGCGGCGACGCCCGCGGCCGGCGACGACGCGCCGCCCGCCGCCGAGCUCCGCGGCGGCGCGUCGGGCGAGCCCGGCGGCACGCUCGUGCUGCUCGGCGCGGUCGUCAUGCUCUUCGUGAGCGUGCACCGCAGCCUCUUCAGCGUCGGAAUCGUGCCCAUCCAGAAGGAGCUCGGCCUCGGCGCGUCGACGGUCGGCGUGCUCCAGUCGGCGUACCUGGCGGGCUACGCGCUCACGAACGCGCCCGGCGGCGCCAUCGCGGACCGUUUGGGCGGCGCGCCGGUCAUGCUCGCGUGCCUCGCCGCGUGGUCCGUCGCGGUCGCGCUCAUGCCCGUCGCGGCGGCGUCGCCGGCGCCCGUCGCGGCGCUCGUCGCCCUGCGGCUGCUCUUCGGGCUCGCGAGCGGGCCGGCGCUGCCCGGAUCGCUCGCGGUCGUGUCGCGGUGGCUGCCGCUCGCGAAGCGGUCGAGCGGCAUCGCCGACGUCUUCGUCUUCUUCAACGCGGGCAACGCCGCCGGCCUGCUGCUCGGCGGCCUGAUCCCCGUGCUCGGGUGGCGGGCGCUCAUGGUCGGCGGCGGCGCGGCGGGCCUGGCCUGGGGCGCCGGCGGGCUCGCGCUCGCGAAAUCGAUCGCGGCGAAGCACGACCCGCCCGAGGACGACGCGCCCGCGGCCGCGUCGUCGCCGUCCGGCGGCCUCUCGCUGCGCCAGGUCGGCCAGCUCGCGGCGCUCACGCACGUCCACAACUGCCUCAACUGGUCCUUCUUCUUCAUGCAGGCGUGGCUGCCGACGUACUUCUCGCAGGAGCUCGGCCUCGAGCUGUCCAAGUCCGCGGGGCUGAGCGCGCUGCCCAUGGUCACGAUGGCGCUCGGGUCCAAGGUCGGCGGCCAGGCGGCGACGAGGCUCAUCGCCGAGGGCUGGGCGCCCUUCGACGUGCGGCGGCUCAUGAUCGCGAUCUCGUCCUUAAUCCCCGCGGCCGCGCUCCUCGCCCUCGGCGGCGUGGCGGACGCGGGCGUCGCCGUCGCGUGCCUCGUCCUCGCCCUCGGGGCCCACUCCUUCUCCUCCGCGGGCUACCACGCCCACAUCGCCGACGUCGCGCCGAGCUCCUCGGGCAAGAUCCUCGGCUUCACGAACACGGUCGGCGUCUUCGUCGGCAUCGUCGCGAACGUCGUCACGGGCCGGGUCCUCGAGGCGACGGGCUCCUUCCGGGCCUGCUUCGCGCUCGCGGCGGCCAUCUACGCCUCCGAGUUCGCCGUUUUCUUCGGCUUCGUCCGCGGCGGCCGCCUCGUCUAG